AUGGCUAGGCAUUUAUCGGAAAGUGGUUUUGAAGAGCUGAAAGAAAUCUGUAGUAAAGACAACUGUGAGACAUUUAUCAAAGAAGCCUUAAACAAUGAUUUGAAGGACAUUGGAGAUAAAUGUCUGCCUGACAAUGCAUUAAGGAGUAAAAUGGACUUUAUAGAAGGACCUUUGGUUUUGCAGGUCCAGAAAGUGAAAAAUGUUCAAGUCCCCAAAGCUAUUGACAUCACUUCGAGCAGAAACAACUCAGACGAUUGUCUGAUGAGAAUUGUCCUCACAGAUGGCACUGCAACCAUUCUAGCCAUAAAUAUCGAUAGAAUUCAUAAUUUCAAUCCUAGCAUAGCUCCAGGAUCGAAACUGAAACUAACCGAGAAAGUCCCAUUUUUGCAGGGAUUUUUGUUGCUUUCUAAUAAUAACUCAUCUGUUCUAGGUGGGCGGGUUGAAAAGUUAAUUGACAACUGGGAGAUGAAGCAAUCGCUGGCCACAUUAACGAGAGGAAACGUAGGCGAGGAUGGGCCACCACCAUUUGUACCUUUUGAACAGAUGAAGAAAUCCAGUAGUAGGUAUGAAGGCUAUUCUACUAGGUCAUCUGGCGAACCGUCAAAAAAGAAUGCAGUUGAUGCAUUUGGCAUGCAGAGAAAGGCAAACAUUGAAGCCGUCAUGGCUGACAGGAGUGCUAAAAAGAACCCACAAGACAAUUCAGACGAGAAAUUAGCCUCAAUUGUGGACAUGGGUUUUUCCCUUGAGAACGCCAUCCAGGCACUUUCUGUUUCUAAAGGCGAUGUCCAAAAAGCAGUCAAUCAUUUGGUAGCCAAUCAGGUUGAAGAUAACAACAACAACAACAACAAAAAUAAUAAUAAUAACUAUAAUAAAAAUAAUAAAAAUAAAAUGGAUAGCAAUAGUAAAAAUAAGAGUGGCAGAGAUGAUUACAGUGGCAAAAAAAAUUAUGACUAUAGUAAAUUCAAUAACAGUAAUAAUAAUAACAAUAAUAAUAAUAAUAAUACUAGGUAUAAUAAUAAUAAUAAUAAUAAUAACAAAAAUAAAGAUAAUUAUGAUUAUAAUGAAAGAUCAAAUGAUGAUAAUAGAUACAAGAAUGAUAGAAAUAAUUUUAACCGGAAGAGUAGUUACGAAAAAAAUAAUAACAAUACAAGCAAUUCUGAAGAUAAUGGCCGUCAGCAGCAACAACAGCAACAACAACAACAACAUCAACAACAACAUCAGCAGACAUCAAGAAAUUAUCAACAAAAGAACCAAUCAGAAAACAGAUUUUCAAGACCACUACUUGAUAGAGUUGUUGAUUCGAAUAAAACGACGACAACAACAAAGGAAGCUGUAGUAAUAACACCGUCAACAUUAGUAGCAACAACUACAACAUUAGUAGCAACGACUACAACAUCAUCAUCGCCAUACUCAGUAGCAACGACAUCAUCAUCAGCUGCAGCAACAACAACAUCGUCAUCUGAAGCCACAAAACUAUCAUCAUCAGUAGCAACAUCAUCGGCAGCCACAACAGCAGCCACAACAGCUACAAAAGCUUCUCCACACUACAACAAAACAUACAACAACAGCAGCAGCAACAACAAAUAUCAAUCCAGUCCUAGAAAUGAGAUAAAGUAUUACGUUCCCAGAAAAGCUGAAAAAUCAUCGGCAUCAUUAUCAUCAUCUCAGCCACCACCACCGUCAUCAACAUCACAGCCAACACCAUCAUCAUUAUCAUCAUCACAACCAUCACCAUCAUCGUCGUCGUCAUCUUCUCUAUCAACGCUGAAAUCCAGAAACAAAUAUCCUGAGAGCAAAAAUGCUUCUUCUUGUUAUAUUCAGAAUAAGAGCAGUGAUUAUAACAAGAGAAACAAAAAUAUAAAUAAUAAUAAUAAUAAUGUUGAUAGUAGUGGUGAGAAUGUAUCAGACAGUAAAGCUACUACCAAUGUCAUUACUAAAGAUGAAAGUGCAAAUAACAAGCGUCACGAUCGACAACGGCCACAUUUUCAACAACAACAACUACCACAUUUUCAGCUACAAAAUCAGUUUCAACAACAACAACAACAACAACUCAGUCUACCGCAACAUCAACAAAGACUACAACACCAGCAACAACCACAAAUUAACCAACAACAACAACCACAAAUUAACCAACAACAACCACAAAUUAGCCAACAACAACAAAUGUUCUCAGAAGUUCAUAUUAAUGAUUAUAAGAGUAUGAAGCCAGGAGAUGUAUGCAUGUCGAAAUGGAAAGACGGAAAGUUCUACAGAGCCCAGAUCAUAAGCUGCUCGCCUAUCAUGUUGGUAAACUAUUUGGACUACGGCGAGGUCGACCAGGUGUACGGUGGAAUAAUGCCACUGCCCGGUUACAAGCCUCCGUCACAUAAUUAUUAACGUAAUAUGAGUGGCGUAUAUGUUGAAUGGUUUGAAAUUUCUGAAGCUGAAAUUGUGGCUUAACCUUUCAAGGUAUAAAGUAACCUUUGACUAAGAUAUUUGGUUGACCUGUUUAUUCGAUUGCUAAUCAAUUGGUCACUUAUCAUUGGUCAAUUUAUUUAUAGUAAAAAAUUUUUUUCAUGUUUCUGUUUUCAGUUAUUUUUUUUCUGUUUUCCUCGCUUCACUCAUUCGUUCAUUUUAUGUAGUUUGAAUGCUAUUAGCAAUUGCAAUGCUAUUUAGCUUUCGUUAUUAGUAAAGUGAUAAAAAUAAUAAUUGUAUAAGUGAUAUAUGAAUAAUUGUAUCAAUAUAGUAACGAUAAUGAUACAAGUUUAUGUGGUUUUUACGAUGAAAGUGAAUUCAAAUUAGUCAAAUUAUUCAAUUUCUAAACAUACUGGGUUGUUUAUUCGGUUGGUUCGAUUGGUACAUGGAUAAAUUAGUUGGUUGAUAAGAAGAUGAUUGAUAGAUGAUUGAUUGAAGGAUUUAUUGAUUUAAAUGAUAUUUAAUUGAUUGAUUGACUGAAUGAUUGUUUGAAUAAUUAAUUGAUUGAUAAAAUCUACUGUUUAUCAGAUGGAUUGAUAGGCCGGUUGUUUGAUUAACAUUAUCUUCGGAAUUAAUUUACAUAUAUUAUGCUAAUUACCCCUUAACUUAUGUAAAUCGUUCAUCGAUUUUGCUAUUGGUUAUCCAUUCAGUUAUUCAUUUAAUUAGUUACUACACAAAAUUAUGAAUCCAUAAUUAUUAAUUAUAAUACUUUAUAAUUGCACGAAAUUAUAAAUUUACAAACUAAUUCGUUAUUUUACAAACUAAAUAAAAGAAACGAACAAUUUCAAUUACGCUCAAUGA